AUGGCAUCCCCGAAGCAAGCAGCAACGUCCACCAACAAGGUAGCAGCCGGGUUCACUCUCCCGGUCCCGUACCGCCUCUUCUUCCUCCUCAUCGAACCCAUCGCGACACUCGCAGGCGCCUACUUCGCCUUCUUCGACCAGCGCACAUACCUCGACCUCACCCAUGCCACGUCCGCACCCACGCCCAUUCCGCUAGGCACAUCGAUAGCCUUGUCGCAGCUGGCCAAUCUCUACUUUGCCUUUGCCCUUAGCGAAGCACUCGUCUUGCGGGCGACCUCGGACCUGCGCGUCUGGAAGACAGUCCUGUUCUGCUUGCUUGUGGCCGACUUUGGGCAUCUCUACACCGUCAGCCCACUCGGCGGACAGAUCUAUGGGAGCGUGCUGGAAUGGAACGCCAUCGACUGGGGGAACAUUGGCUUUGUGUACUGGGGGGCGUCGAUGCGGAUCGCGUUCCUCGCCGUUCCUGAAAAGUUCACCGGAUUCCAGGUCCACGCCCCGAACCCGAAGCCCGAGUUCCACAAGAACGAGUUCCAGCCCAAGCCGUUCGGCGACUACGAUGUCGAUGUCAAGAUCGAGGCGUGCGGUGUCUGCGGCAGCGACUACCACACCGUCAGCGGCGGCUGGGGCGAGCAGAAGUUCCCUCUCGCUGUCGGGCACGAAAUCGUCGGCACAGCCCUCCGGGUCGGUCCCAAGGUAACGCUGAUCAAGCCCGGCCAACGCGUGGGCGUGGGCGCGCAGAGCUACUCGUGCCUGGACUGCCGGCAGUGCAAGAACGAGAACGAGACGUACUGCACGCAGCAGCUUGAUACGUAUGGCUCGGUGUGGCCUGACACUGGCAUCGUCUCGCAGGGAGGCUACUCGUCGCAUGUUCGGACACAUGAGCACUGGGUCUUCCCCAUCCCCGACGCCCUGCCCAGCACAAUCGCAGCCCCAAUGCUCUGCGCCGGCCUAACAGCCUACUCCCCGCUCGUGCGCAACGGCUGCGGUCCCGGCAAGAAAGUCGGCAUCGUCGGGCUCGGCGGCAUCGGGCACCUAGGCGUUCUCUUCGCCAAAGCCCUGGGCGCCGAAGUGUGGGCGAUCAGCCGCACGCACGCCAAGGAAGCCGACGCGAAGAAGAUGGGCGCCGACGGGUUCCUCGCGACGGCCGAUAAAGAUUGGAAUGUGCCGCACAAGAUGACGUUCGACAUCAUUGUCAACACGGCCAACAGCUUUGAAGGGUUUGAUCUGGACGCGUAUCUUAGUCUGCUAGAUGUACACGCCAAGUGGGUGAGCGUGGGGUUGCCCGAGGACGAGGGGAUCAAGAUUCGGAACCAGACGUUUUUGGCCAACGGGUGUUUUAUUGGUAGCUCGCAUUUGGGGAGUCGGAAGGAGACGCUGGCGAUGCUGCAGCUGGCUGCGGACAAGGGGAUCAAAACGUGGGUUGAGGAGGUGCCGAUCAACGAGACGAACCUGGGGGAUAUCAUGCGGCGGAUGCAGAAGACUGAUGUCAAGUACCGGUUCUGCUUGACUAACUUUGGGGACCAGUUUGGGGCGUGA